CGCAGCACUGUUUGCCUGAAAAGGUUGAGGGGUGAUGUGAAGGAUGCAGGGGCAGCGUCACCUUUUCCUGCUCACUUACAUGGUGGCUUUUGCCAUCCAUGUUUCCUUGGCUUUCAACAUUGACACGACAAAUACUGAUGUCUAUACUGGUAAACAAGAAGAUUUCUUUGGAUACAAAGUGCUUCAAUACGUAUCUGGCACAAAAAAAGGGAUAAUCGUCACUGCACCUCUGCAGCUAAAUGGAUCUGGGGGAAUAUGCAAAUCUGAGAAAGGCCGAACCACCCGGUGCUUCAAUAGUGAAGAUAUUAAUCUGGAGAAUAAAACAAUACCAGUCAAGCACCUUGGCCUGUCGAUAGCUGCAGACUCCAAACACUCCCAAUUCACUGUUUGCAGCCCAAAUGUAGCCCAUGAAUGUAAUGAGAACUCCUAUCUGAACAGUGCGUGUUUCAAGAUCACAGCUAAUCUUCAGGCAAUCUCCUUUUUCACACCUGGCUACCAAGAAUGCACAAAAAAGACAGUGGACCUCAUCUUUCUGUUUGAUGGAUCAGGGAGUAUGACUGAAGAGGAAUUCACAAAAAAUAAAGAUUUCAUAGUGGAUAUAAUGAACAGCCUUAAGAACUCAUCAAUCAAGUUUGCAGCAGCUCAGUUCUCCUCAAAUUACAGGAAGGUUUUUGACUUCAAUGACUAUCAGGCUGGUACAGCUCUUGAUAAACUUAUGAAAGAGCCCCACAUGAAGAGUCUCACCAACACUCACAGAGCCCUCGAAUUUGUGUUGAAUGAUAUCUUGGAAAACCCAGAGUCAGGCGCCUCUCGUGAUGCAACUAAGGUUCUGGUUCUAAUCACAGAUGGAGAUCCCAGUGAUGUUGACAGAAACAAAAUUAUCAAAAGAUAUGAUGAUAAAAGCAUCAUUCGCUUUGUCAUUGGGGUCAAAGAUGCUAAGUUGGAUAAAUUUGAGGUCAUUGCUUCACAACCGACAGAAAAAUAUGCCUUCAAAAUCGAGAACUACAACGGACUCAAGGGAAUACUGGAAAACUUUCAGAAAAGGAUCUUUAAAAUGGAAGGCUCCAGUGUGGCUCGGGCAGGAGACAUAGCUGGUGAAAUGUCUCAGAGUGGAUUCAGUGCCGUCUUCUAUAAAGAUAUCUUGAUCCUGGGUUCAGUGGGAUCAAACAGCUGGCGAGGCUCUCUGCAAGAGGUCAAACAAGACAUUGUUGGAAAAGGAUCUUAUUCCAGGCAAAGCAACAUAAGAUCUAUACGUAAUGGGGACUUGCCUGCAUACACAAGACUAAAUGAAAGCCAGAUCCUUGAUCCAAGCAUGCAGAAUGACUCCUAUAUGGGAUACUCGGUAUCUGUUGGACAGAGGAAUAACGCUCCUCUGUACUUCUCGGGUGCACCAAGAUUUGAUCACGUAGGACGGGUCGUACUUUUCAAACACGAGGGCGAGGACUGGACUGCAGCCCAAGCACUAGAUGGAGACCAGAUUGGUUCAUACUUUGGUGCAGAGCUGUGCUCAGUAGAUAUCGACUCAGACGGUAACACUGACUUCCUGCUGGUGGGAGCUCCACUGUUUUAUCAGCCUCAGGAGAGGAGAGAAGGCCAGAUCUACGUCUACGCACUGACUGAUGAGAUGCAACUGAGAAACGAACUGAAUGUAACAGUGUCAUCCAUGGGUAGAUUUGGUACCACAAUCUCCAGCCUUGCAGACCUGAAUGGAGAUGGACUCCGAGACGUUGCUGUUGGAGCCCCCCUUGAGGACGACAACAGGGGGGCUGUGUACAUCUACCUUGGAGACAGACACAAAGGGAUACGCAGCACUUUCAGCCAGAGAAUCAUGGGAGAGAAAAUAAAACCUGGGUUGAGAUUCUUUGGACAGGCCAUUGAUGGGGUCAACGACCUUGGAGAAGACGGACUCCCAGAUAUUACGAUCGGAUCACAGGGCAUGGCUGUUGUCUUAAGGUCCAGGCCCGUCUUUCAUGUCACGACACAUCUGUCUUUUCUGCCUAAGGAAAUAAGCACUGAGAAAUUUGACUGCGUGGCCAAAACAGAUACAAGUUUAUUCAUGGUUACCAUAACAUCCUGCUUUGAAAUGGUAGAAACAACAAAGAGCAAAGCAGGGGCAACGAACUCAGGACUGAACAUCUCAUACACACUCAAUGUGGAUCCAAUGAGACAAACAUAUCGAGGUUUCUUCGAAACUGUAGAGAAAACCAGGAAUUUUACCAACAUUAGUCUGCUGACAGAUAAAGAAACUUGCUUUGACAGUCCCAUCUACAUGCCGAAAUGCGUGACAGACACAUUAUCACCCCUCAUCAUCAAGUUAAACUUUUCUCAAGUCGACAGUGAGACUGGGAAUGCCAUCCUGAAUGUGGACAGCAAAAUGCAGGAUGUUGUUGAAGUUCCCUUUGAAAAGCAAUGUGCAAAAAAUGACACCUGUAUUGCAGAACUUGAGGUGGAUUUCAAUUUCACGACCCCAGUAUUAUUGGUAUCAGAAGAUAACUACUUCAACGUGACUGUGAAACUGUCCAAUCAUGGUGAUGACUCGUACAACACCAGCCUCACUGUGUACUAUCCUGAAGGCCUCUCCUUCUCCAGGAUGAUUCUUAUAGAGGCCACAAGACCGACGCUCCACAGCUGUCUCGAUCUAGAAGGCGUACUUGACAAAACUAUAUGUGGCGUCAGCCUUCCUGUGUAUCGCAGCAGAUCUGCAGCAACAUUUAAAAUGUCUUUUUACGUCAUGACUGGCUAUGAGUGGAAUGAAACUGUCUCCAUGACAAUCACUGGACAAAGUGAUAAUACAAACAGCACCAAAAACAAUUCCCUGACCAAAAGCAUCCCAGUGCAAAUUGAAAUUAAAAUGGCAAUAACAGUGAGAGAAGGCACCACCACCUAUUUGAACUUCACAACAGAAGAUGAUGCACCUAAAAGAAUGGAGACUAUUUAUAAGAUUUCUAAUCCUGGUCUGAAAGCUUUUCCUGUCACCGUGUCCCUGUUCUUCCCAACUAAACUGGAAUAUAACUUUGAGCUGAACGACUAUCACAUCUCUUUCCAAGAGAACAAAACGCAAUGCGACAUUACCGACAUGACAUCUGACUACUGCUCGCCAGAAAAACACUGCAAAAUGAUAAUGUGUGACACUUUCAUCCUGGACAAAGAAUCAACCACUGAGUUUACACUGUCAGGGGAAGUACAAUUUAGGAAUUUCAAAGUGUAUGCAGAGAACAUUUUCUUGCUGAAAAAAUAUGUUGGAGACAGCGGAGAGGUUAAAUUUAAAAGCUUUGUACAUGUUAGAUAUGACAAGCAACGAUACGUGCUGGAGUCUCGUAAACAAGAGAAUAAAGACGGUGUUACACGGGAGAAGUCUGAUGAAUCUGGCUUAUGGAGAAGCAACGAUCCUACAAUGAAACUGGCUGAAGUUCGGGUUGAGUUCAUAAUUCCCCCAAAUCGACAGCUGAUCAUUUUUACCGGAGUUGGAGUGGGAUUGUUUCUUCUGCUCAUAAUCACAUUAAUCAUGUUUAAGUUGGGUUGCUUCAAGAGGAAAAGGUUUCCUAUGUGUUUGGAAGACGAGGACCAAGAUCUUAUGGUUCAAACCCCCACUGAGCCUACCCCUGCUCCCACCAACGGGUUAAUCAGCCAAUCAGAGACUGAAGGCAAAUCUGACCCACCUUCAGAGGCAAAACUGCUUCCUGAUGAUGAUCAUCAGGAAUCUGACAGCAAUUCAAUCCAGGGACUGGAGUAAGCAAAACAAAUUUAUCACAAUAUAAGAAGGCAGACAUGCUGAAGUUAUGGAGUAUGCAGCCUGCACAGAGAGUCAUUAUCAGAGAGCAGCAUCACUAAAGGAACCGUUCAUCAUUUUGGGAAAAUAUGCUUCCUUGCUGAGAGUUAAAUGAGAAGAAGAUUGAUACCCCUGUCAUAUCUGUCUACUGGAGCCUGGAGACGGUUAGCUUAGCUUAACAUAAAGUCUGGAAACAAGGGGAGAUGCCAGUGUUGCAGUCAAAUUUUAUUUUCAGUAUAUAGCCCAAAUCACAAAUUUACCUCAAUCUGUACCGUGUAUGACGCCCUCUGUCCUUAGACCUUCGAACUGGACAAGGAAAAACUCCCCAAAAUAACCUUUAACAGGAAAAAAAUAAGUUAUAACUGAAAUAUGUGAUAACUGGUUGUCCUAAAGACAAGGUCCCCCCUGGAAAAGAAAACUGGCAUGGUUUAUUACAUCACAUGCAAUAACUGUAGUUGAACAGUAAGGACCUUGGACAAGGGACUGAGUGAACAACAGAAACAUCGGACGUCUGCAAACACGGUCAUCAAGGUCAUCUACCAGGAGUCAGUGGUCGGCCAGAAGGAUGAAGGGGACCUUUCACAUCAGACGCAGAGACUUUUAACAGAGACAGUUCCAUCUCCCCCCGGUGUAUGAUAAACUGUUAUAAUGUUACCGAUGUUCCAUAGCCUCCAUAGUAGGUGUGUAUGUGAUGACAACGGAGAAAACUCCAUCUGCUAACAAAGAGAGCAAAAUCUCCACAGAAAGCUGAGUUAAGAAUUUUUGGUCAAAUUCUAAUAUUAAAUUUACAGACAUGCUCAGGCUACAUUAGGAAAAGAAGUUAUGUAAAAGUUCUCCCAUUGAAGGGAAAAAUUCUCCCUCAACCCUGCUGAGACUCAGGUUGUCAAUCCUGGAAGGGUCACAUCCGGCUCGGUCACAUGAUCCCCUCAACACAAGUGGUUGUGUUUGUAAAUGAAAAGCUGGCAGGGGUCAACAUCCUUGUCACUUCAGUAGCAUCUCCUACUCUUUUUUAGCAUAGCAUGCCUUGUUAUAUACAUUACUGUAACAUUACAUUACAUUUAGCUAUUACUGGUCUUUGGAAUAGGUAUUUACUCAGGAAACAGUUCAAGUUCUAUUUGUAUUAUAUCUGACUGCUUGUUAAAAAGUUUUUUUAAUUUGAUGAAGUGGUAUGUCAAAUUAAUUGUUUAUUGAUUGAUAUUGAUUACUGAUCUCAUAAAGAGUGCCUUUAUGAGCAUAACUCACUAAUUCACACAAUUUAACACAAAUAUAUACAUUAAUAGGAAAAAAUUCAAAAUUGAUGACAUUUUAUAUCCAAAUGGUCAAAGGUCAACUUCACUGUGACAUCAGAAUAUCAAGACUGUUACUCAGCACUGUAACUCAAUAAGGGGAGAUUAUUCCCCCCUUUAUUUGUGUGUGUAUUUUGUGUUUGUUUUUAGGUGUUUAUUCGUUAUUGUGCAUUCAUUGUUUUUUAUAUUUUAUGAUCUUUAUCAGUAAAAAAAAAUUGUUCAUCAGUGUA